AUAAAAGUGGAUUAUAAUAAUACAAAGGAUCUGACUACAUCAAGAUUAGACAUUUCUGCUUUUAGUGUUUCUUUUAUAUCCAUAUAAUCACAUUAACGUCAUUAUCAGAGCGAAUAAUAUUAAUAUAAAGUAUCUGACUCAACCAGAACAGACAUUUCUGCUAUUAAUAUUUCAAAUGUGAUUUACUAAAUCCAUAUAAUCACAUUAAAGUCAAUAUAAAAGUGAGUUAUAUUAAUAUAAAGUAUCUGGAUCAAUCACAGUAGACAUUUCUGCUAUUAAUGUUUUUUAAAUGUGAAUAGUCCUAAUGAUGAACAGAUCUGGAAAGUGAAUAGAUUAUGGAGUUUUGGACUUUUUCUUGAAUCAGACUGAUCUAAACUCUCGAUCAGCUCGAUGACCGGCUGUAGACUAGAGUCUCUGUUGAGUAAAGCUCAGUCUGAGCUCAUCUGCUAAGAUUAAAACAUCAGCAAUGGCUCCCAAAAAGAGACCGGAUCCUAUAGUUAUAACUGGAAGCGGAGAAGCACAGACGACCUCCACGCCCAUAGAUGCUGCAUCAGAAGCGAAUCUUGAAGCCCUGCAGAAGAAGCUGGAUGAGCUGGAUUUGGAUGAGCAGCAGAAGAAGCGUCUGGAAGCUUUCCUCACGCAGAAAGCCAAUCUGGGAGAGCUGAAGGAUGAUGAUUUCCAGCAUAUCUGUGAGCUGGGGGCUGGAAACGGAGGAGUGGUUAAUAAAGUGUGCCACAAACCCUCUGGUCUCGUCAUGGCCCGGAAGUUAAUUCACCUGGAGAUCAAGCCGGCCAUCAGGCAUCAGAUCAUCAGAGAGCUGCAGGUCCUGCAUGAGUGUAACUCGCCGUACAUUGUGGGCUUUUACGGCGCAUUUUACAGCGAUGGCGAGAUUAGUAUCUGUAUGGAGAACAUGGAUGGCGGCUCGUUGGAUCAGGUCCUGAAAGAGGCUCGCAGAAUCCCAGAGGAGAUUUUGGGAAAAGUCAGCAUAGCUGUUUUAAGAGGUCUCGCUUACCUUCGAGAAAAGCACCAGAUUAUUCACAGAGAUGUGAAACCCUCAAAUAUUCUGGUAAACUGUCGCGGGGAGAUCAAGCUGUGUGACUUCGGUGUGAGCGGGCAGCUGAUCGACUCCAUGGCCAACUCUUUUGUAGGAACGCGCUCGUACAUGUCGCCGGAGCGGUUGCAGGGCACGCAUUACUCAGUUCAGUCAGACGUGUGGAGUAUGGGUCUCUCUCUGGUGGAGCUCGCCAUCGGCCGAUACCCCAUUCCUCCACCCGACGCAAAGGAGCUGGAGGGCAUCUUCGGCAGGGCACUGAUGGAUGUUGGAGAGGCAGAAACACACAGCACUUCUCCUCGACCCAGACCACCCGGCAGACCCGUCAGCGGUCAUGGGCCGGUCAUGGCUAUAUUUGAGCUGCUGGAUUAUAUAGUCAAUGAGCCUCCUCCUAAACUGCCUCAUGGCGUCUUCACUCCUGAUUUCCAGGACUUUGUGACCAAUUGUCUUAUUAAAAACCCUGCAGACCGAGCGGACCUGAAGAUGCUGAUGAAUCACACAUUCAUCAAACGCGCCGAGGUGGAGGAGAUGGACUUCGCUGGAUGGUUGUGUAAAACAAUGGGUCUCAAUCAGCCCAACACACCCACACAAACAACUGAAUGACAGACACACACACACUAUAUAUAUAUAUGAACAUUUGAAUGACACACACACACACACAUUCAUAUGAACAACUGAAUGACACACACGCAUAUAUAUAUAUAUAUAUAUAUACAUACAAAUAUUUGAAUGACACACACACGCAUACAUAUAAACAACUGAAUGACAUACACACACAUACAUACAUAUGAAUGACUGACACACACGCACCUGAGCGUCACGUUUCCCCUGCAGAACACAAAUGUUUACAGCUGAUCUGAUGGAGCACAUGCAGAGCUGCUUAUUUUACACUUCUGCUACCACACACACAUGGGUGAAUAUCAUGAAAUGCACUCUUAUAUGUCAUGAGUGUGAUUUCUGUCAUAAUGCUUUAGGAUAUUUGUCUCAUUGUAAUGAGGAAAAACAGUCAAUUAGUAAUCGUUGCACUGCGUUGAUUAAUAAUUGUCAAUUUUCCUCUGCAUAGUCUUAUUUUAGUACCACGAUUACAGUAACAUUUGUACUGUAAUGCAUAAAAUUAGCACAUUUUCUGAUAUGAAUGAAUCGAUAAAGUUUAAAAGAAUUGGGCUCAUUUGGAUUCAAAGUGUGGUGAUGCAAACACACCCUGGUCCUAAAAUAAACUGGCUUUUUAAGCAAAUUAUCCUUUAUUUUUCUCUCACGAGCGUCAGUUAUGCAUUAAUAACUACAGAAAUAUUUCAGAUUCACUCAUGUGCGCAUCCAGACACACUUCAGUUCUUCAUUUGGAAAUAAAUAAGUGCAUUUGUGGCUCAGUAUUUCUGUCCUGUUUUCCAAUAUAAACAUCUAAACUUUAUUAAGUCAAGAUGCAUUAACUGAUAAAGCAAAAUGAGUGAUGUUGAUUAACAAAAGAAGACAAAUUAAGGGAUUUUUAUGCUUUGAUUGAGAAAUAUAUCUGUCAGUGGUGUCAAAAAUGGCACAAUAAAUACACACACUACCUGACAAAGGUCUCGUCGCCUAUCCAAGUUUUAGGAUCAACAAAUAAUAACUCGACUUCUAGUUGGUCAUUUGGUAUCAGAAGUGGCUUAAAUGAAAGGUAAAGGCCUCUAGAUGAGGCUUAUUUGAGCACAAUAAAACCUGAUCAUGUCUUGAUUAUGAAUGAUUUGAUUAGGACAGUAAGGUCUGACUCUGCUUAGACUAAAGUCUGCUCACUGAACCUUCAAUAAUGUCCAGUAUAGAAUAUGUGCUCAUGCUGCAGUGGAAACAGAAUGAAUAUUGUGUCUGACUCCAUCAUGAGCUUGGAGGACUGCAUCCAUACAUCUCUGCAAUGACUCAAAUCACUGAUUAAUAAAGUCAUCUGGAAUGGCAAAGAAAGCCUUCUUGCAGGACUUUUGGUUCCACUUCAACGCCGCCUCCAUUUUACCUCAGACAUGCUCAAUAAUGUUUAUGUCUGGUGACUGGGCUGGCCAAUCCUGGAGCACCUUGACCUUCUUUGCUUUCAGGAGCUUUGAUGUGGAGGCUGAAGUAUGAGGAGCGCUAUCCUGCUGGAGAAUUUGCCCUCUCCUGUGGUUUGUAAUGUAAUGGGCAGCACAAAUCUCUUGAUACCUCAGGCUGUUGAUGUUGAUCAUCCACUCUGCAGAUCUCUCACACGCCCCAUACUGAAUGUAACCCUAAACCAUGAUUUCUCCUUCACCAAACUUGACUGAUACUAUGAGAAUCUUGGCUCCAUGCUGGUUCCAGUAGGUCUUCUGCAGUAUUAGUGAGGAUUGGGAUGCAGUUCAACAGAUGAUUCAGCAGAGAAAUACACCUUCUGCCACGUUUCCAGAUGAUCAACUAGAAGUCAAGUUAUUAUUUGUUGCUCUUACAACUGGUAUCAACGACAAGACUUAUGUCAGGUAGUGUAUAUUUGCACUCAUUUUAAGCGUACAUUUGCAUAAUUUUGAUUCACUUUUGAGUUAUUUUGGUUGUCAAAUAAAUGUACUUGACUUCAUAACAUUUAGAUUUUUGUAAUGAAGAAUGCAAGAGUCCUUAAGUAAAAAACUCUACUUUUUUCUGUGCACUUUCAUGUGUAAUGGAGCUAUUCUAUACAUCAGGAAAUCAACACCAUCACUGUUCGGAUUAUUUCUGUAUGUUCAUAAAUGUGGCCUACAGACAGAUGUUGCUUUACAACUCAAUAAAGUGAUUGUAGAGGGGUGUACCGCU